AUGAUUGCAUCAGAGGCUGCAAUGACUAAAAGUUAUUUGACAACUUCAACUGGCUCGAAAGCAAAAGUGCAUCGAAGAAAACCUGCGAUCCCAGUUAUCAAACAUAUAGCAAAAGACAAUGAUCAAGAGAAACAGCAGGUAAAUUAUUUCUAUUUUUCUACUUUGACAUGUUUUAAACUACUUUGUCAUGCAUUUCAAAUAAUGGUUAACUUUGUCUUAUAAAUCUGGAUUCAUGUGAAUUCAUCAAAUGCAUUCAUGUGCUUUUUCAGGUUCUCAUUAAACCUAUUGAACUCAGUCGUGUGAUACAUUUUCUUGAGGAUCCUUUAGCAGUAAGUGAUAAAUAUUGUCAACAAAAUCAUUAAACUAUCAAUAGCUAACUAACAAAAUCAUAAACUAAGUUAUUCAUCCAAUGGAAUUUCCAAAUGAUAAUCAAAAUUUCUAUCUCUGCUUCAGGCUACUUUGAAAGAGAGACAUAUUUUUGCGUUGAAGAAAGUAGUGAAGAGAUGUCAAAAAGGCUUUGUAUCCUUCUUACCUGACCUACUUGACUUCAAUAAGUUGAUUGAUUAUUUUCUUGUUCAGAACUAAUUUUGCCAUGGUGUAAACUCUUCUGACUCAUAUCCCCUAAUGAUGUUUUGGAAAUAGAUACGCCUAUGUUUUUAGGCAUUGUCAUGUCCUCAGAGUCCCAAAUGUAGACGUCCCUAGAUCCCAAUUACCAGCAAAAAAUUGUUUGGUUCAGCAUUUUUCUUGCCCAGAAAUAAUUAUAGUUAUGACACAUUGCAUGUCUCCAUGGGGUAUUUAUAGACACCAUUAUUUCCAUAGUUAGUCUACUUCUUCACAUGCUUAUUUGUACUUAAAAUUAAUUUGUCAAGCUUUUGAAAGAGCUGGCUGACGUUUUCAAGAUUUUAAAUAUCUGUGCUGAGAAGUCCAGAGAUCACCCUGAAUAUACUUCAGUGCUAUGUGACUUACUGAAGAUUUGUAGGUAAGUUGUUGUUGUUGCUUGUUCAAUCGGUUGUUCUUGCUUAUUCAAACCAAAUAAAAGCUUACAGACUGUAACUUGUAUUACUUAGGCUUCCCUUUCUAAAGGAAAAGACCUCUGAUGAAGUGACCUACGCACAGACUGUCAAAGAAUCACUCUCUCAAAUGGGUAUGUAACACAUGCAGUGCUGCUGUGGUCAUACAAGCAUCUAUGGUCAUUCAAAGGUGAUACCAAUUUAUUUUAUGUCUGCAGGGUUUCUGAUGAGGGUGCCAAAUGCUGAAGUGAGGAACCAAAUCUGCCGCUCUAUUGUAUCCUUAUACAGCUCUGGGACAUCAACACACAGUGUGGACGGUGUGGACAGUCUUUCAAAGCUUGCGGCUGCCUCAAAGCCAGCUGAUCCCUCUCACAGAUUCUCUAAACAUUCAAUGAGUGAGCCAUUUUCAAUGAUAUUGUGGUUAUGUUCGUUCUAAGACAUUCACCUGUCUGGAAUAGCGUACCACUUCACAGAAAUAUUCACCUUGUUUUCUGUUAUAAUAUCCUAUUUUCUGUAGGACUCCACCCUACCAGCCUAGGCUACAGGGUGCAGCUGUUGGAGCAGAGUGGGCUGGCUGAGACUCUGGUCCUGUCCAUGGCCCUCCUGGAGAACCAGCCUGCAGUCAAGCUCCAGAUCCUGCAGACCCUUCAGAUGCUCUCCAGCUCCUCUGGUAAAUAACAAAUGCAAUUCAAACAUUAAUUGCUAUAAAGGACUGGUGAAUUAGUUUCUGUAUGUGUCCCAAAUGGCAUAGUCUCAGAAAUCCCAGACCUAGGGAAAGUCAGAACAUUGGUAAUGUGGGAGGCUACCCAUCUGCCUAGGGAGACUACAAAUGGCACCCUAUUCCCUGUAUAGUGCACUACCUUUGACCAGAGCCCUUCAUCCUUCAUCAGAGAAAGUAGCUCUUGAGAUAAUGUAGCUCUUUAAAGAAGGACCAAUCAUAGCAGUAACUUACAGUUUACCUCUGUCAAUGUCAAGGAGUCAUUCUCUAUUCAUUCCACCUCCUACAGUCACAUGUAUGUUUUGUACACAGAUGUGAACUGUAGCCUAAUGUUAAAGGCACAGGGGGCACAGCAGAUCUGUUUCCAUAUGAAUGAGCCAGACCCAUCAGGACAAGUCCUGUUUCGCUCCUCGGAGAUCCUGUGGAACUUGCUGGAGAGAGGUUGCAAAGAGGAGGUUACAUCUCAACUCAGCAACAUGGACUGUAUUAUGUAUGUGACUUUUACCUACAUUUUUAAAGAGCUCAUUCACAUUCUGCAUGAGUGAGUGCAAUAAACAGUACUCACAUUGAAUAAGUGUUUACAACCAUAUGACAAAUUAACUGUGUAAUAUGUGAAGGGAAAAUGAAGUACUAUGAUUAUUAUUGUCUCAAACAUAGGGUUCUGAAAGAGGCAUUUUUGCACCAGCUGUUGAAUGGCUUUCGACAUUAUGACCUCCAACUCAGGAAUGAUCUACUGGUGAUCACAACUCUCAUAGCUGAAAACCCUAAAUCUCCACUCAUUGUAAGCAGAGUGCAUUACUAAAUCAAUGCAAUAAGUGAAUAACAGGAAUGUAAUGAAUUGUCAAUAAUCAUACCAGACUCCUUAACCACACCUCAAGCAUCACGUUAUGGAUAUUUCUUUGUCUUCUCAUCAGUGGUUGUCCUCAUUUACAGGAGAGUUUAUUUGCCAAGCAGCUCAUUCUUUUUGUUACAUUUCCAGAACGUAAGCCUCUUUUUGCUUCAUAUAUAAAUGAUGAUGUGUUUGUAAGUAGUGAUAAUUAUUUAUGCAUUAUAAAGUAAAUCUGUUUCAUUUUAUCUUCCAAAUAAAGUUGGAAUGGUCAUGAACUAUUUUGACAUUCUUUUUCUUUGUAUCCAAGUCAAGAGUCACAACCCGUUGGUCCGCAACCUCAAGCUAUCCUAUAACAAUGAAGAUUUUGAGAUGAAAAGGUUGCUACUAAAUCUGGUUGUUGUCAUGUCAAAAGAUUUAUCUGCUCUGCAGGUGAGUUAGUAUUUUACUUCCAUAAUGUGAACGAUCGAUUAGCUGCAUUAUAUAACGUUAGUCUGCCAUUGAUAGUCUGAAAAACGUGCUCUUAUUCCAGAAAGCACACCAGAUAUACCCUGACAUUAUGUGGCUGAGCAAUGAGGAGAAACUGAAAUGUUUUUUUGUGUAUUUCCGUUUGUAGAAUAUUUAGAUGAAGCCUGGAAUAAAAUAAAAAGGGCUACCUAUAAUUAAAUGAUAUGUGGUAAAUGGUACGUGUGUGUAUAUAGAUUGUAUAGGCUUGUCUCCCACAUGAAUCUUCUCUUUGUGCCAGAUUGGGUUCAAAUGCCUUCUGUUUCAUUUUUCUGUAUUUAUUAAUCCGUAUACAGUGGGGGGAAAAAGUAUUUAGUCAGCCACCAAUUGUGCAAGUUCUCCCACUUAAAAAGAUGAGAGAGGCCUGUAAUUUUCAUCAUAGGUACACGUCAACUAUGACAGACAAAAUGAGGGGAAAAAAUCCAGAAAAUCACAUUGUAGGAUUUUUAAUGAAUUUAUUUGCAAAUUAUGGUGGAAAAUAAGUAUUUGGUCAAUAACAAAAGUUUCUCAAUACUUUGUUAUAUACCCUUUGUUGGCAAUGACACAGGUCAAACGUUUUCUGUAAGUCUUCACAAGAUUUUCACACACUGUUGCUGGUAUUUUGGCCCAUUCCUCCAUGCAGAUCUCCUCUAGAGCAGUGAUGUUUUGGGGCUGUCGCUGGCAACACGGACUUUCAACUCCCUCCAAAGAUUUUCUAUGGGGUUGAGAUCUGGAGACUGGCUAGGCCACUCCAGGACCUUGAAAUGCUUCUUACGAAGCCACUCCUUCGUUGCCCGGGCGGUGUGUUUGGGAUCAUUGUCAUGCUGAAAGACCCAGCCACGUUUCAUCUUCAAUGCCCUUGCUGAUGGAAGGAGGUUUUCACUCAAAAUCUCACGAUACAUGGCCCCAUUCAUUCUUUCCUUUACACGGAUCAGUCGUCCUGGUCCCUUUGCAGAAAAACAGCCCCAAAGCAUGAUGUUUCCACCCCCAUGCUUCACAGUAGGUAUGGUGUUCUUUGGAUGCAACUCAGCAUUCUUUGUCCUCCAAACACGACGAGUUGAGUUUUUACCAAAAAGUUCUAUUUUGGUUUCAUCUGACCAUAUGACAUUCUCCCAAUCCUCUUCUGGAUCAUCCAAAUGCACUCUAGCAAACUUCAGACGGGCCUGGACAUGUACUGGCUUAAGCAGGGGGACACGUCUGGCACUGCAGGAUUUGAGUCCCUGGCGGCGUAGUGUGUUACUGAUGGUAGGCUUUGUUACAUUGGUCCCAGCUCUCUGCAGGUCAUUCACUAGGUCCCCCCGUGUGGUUCUGGGAUUUCUGCUCACCGUUCUUGUGAUCAUUUUGACCCCACGGGGUGAGAUCUUGCGUGGAGCCCCAGAUCGAGGGAGAUUAUCAGUGGUCUUGUAUGUCUUCCAUUUCCUAAUAAUUGCUCCCACAGUUGAUUUCUUCAAACCAAGCUGCUUACCUAUUGCAGAUUCUGUCUUCCCAGCCUAGUGCAGGUCUACAAUUUUGUUUCUGGUGUCCUUUGACAGCUCUUUGGUCUUGGCCAUAGUGGAGUUUGGAGUGUGACUGUUUGAGGUUGUGGACAGGUGUCUUUUAUACUGAUAACAAGUUCAAACAGGUGCCAUUAAUACAGGUAACGAGUGGAGGACAGAGGAGCCUCUUAAAGAAGAAGUUACAGGUGUCAGGUGUUGCUGUAGAUUGGUGUGGUGUGGAAUCAGGCGCAGGACGCAGAAGUUAAGUCCAACAAAGACUUUUAGUAGAGCACACAAAAAUACAAUCCAAACAGCCCGGAGGCGAGAAAAGCGCACACAGGCGUAAACAAACGAGCGCACAAAACAUGUGCGAAAAUCCUCUCCUAAAAUAAACAAGGAGGAAAGCUACAAAUAGCGCACCGAAACGGGUAGCGCAACAACAUGACAACGGGAACAAUUACACACAACACCUAAACUCACAACAAGGAACUAAAUAGGGUGCUUAAUGAGACAUAACACAAAACAGGUGUGACAAACAGACAAAACCAAUCAAACAUGAAACAUAGAACGGUGGCAGCUAGUACUCCGGAGACGACGACCGCCGAAACCUGCCCGAACAAGGAGGAGGGGCCGCCUCGGCCGAAACCGUGACAACAGGUCUGUGAGAGCCAGAAAUCUUGCUUGUUUGUAGGUGACCAAAUACUUAUUUUCCACCAUAAUUUGAAAAUAAAUUCAUUAAAAAUCCUACAAUGUGAUUUUCUGGAUUUUUUUUCUCAAUUUGUCUGUCAUAGUUGACGUGUACCUACGAUGAACAUUACAGGCCUCUCUCAUCUUUUGAAGUGGGAGAACUUGCACAAUUGUUGGCUGACUAAAUACUUUUUUCCCCCACUGUAUGUUAUGUAUGUAUGUAUGUAUGUAUAUAUAUAUAUGUAUGUAUAUAUGUAUAUGUGUAUGUGUGUGUGUGUGUGUGUGUGUGUGUGUAUAUAUAUAUAUAUAUAUAUAUGCGUGUAUGUAUUUUUUUUUUUUACUGCUCUAGGGAUAUAAGUAUUGUUUGGAUAACCUUAUUUACUAACUGACGAUUUGACACAUUUAUUUUCUUCAUUCAUUCAUUCAUUCUUUCAUUCAUUCUUUCAUUCAUUCUUUCAUUCAUUCCAGAGUACAAUGAUUAAUACUUUCUGACUAUUUAGUUUUUAAUGCGUUAUAAACUGUAACUUCAUACAUGAUGUUUGUGUCUACCAGCUGUUCAAAGAGGGCCAUGUUGUCCUGGCCCUGCUCCACCUGGUGAAGCCCACUGCUGCUCCUCCAGAGGGCCAGUCAGGGCCACGCAACUGGACCCCUGUCCAGCAGGAGGAGCUGCAGCUGCAGGCUCUGGCCACUCUGGCCACCGUGGCUCCACUGAUGCUGGAUGACUACAUGACCUGUCAGGGAAACACCUGCCUUCUUCUGCUGCUGGAGUGGUGCACUGAGCGAGGUGAGGAGAGGGGACACACCAGGAACUUACUGCAAACUGGGGCAGGAGUUGAACAGAAGUAGUGGUGUGUAGACGACGUUAGUUGCAGAUGGACUUCUCCAAAACAAUGUUCUUAAUUUCAUAUCUUUGGCUUGUAUGGUGGGAAUAAUUCAAAGAGUGGUACCUCAUAAACAUUUGUUUGGCCACUUAUGAUGACUUAGCUAUGAAUUUAAUGGAACUUGAAAUUGGUCACUUGGUUUGAUCUGCAACUGUUGUUUGCAUCACAUCAUUGUUUAUGCCCAACAGAUGCCUACUUUGGACAGGGCCAUAGUUUCCAUGGCACUGGAGGGAGGGGCAGUAAGAAGGCUCAGAUGCGUUACUGUGUGAGGCUGCUGAGAUCCAUGGCGUCCCUAGGCAACGAAGCAAUCAACCAGGACCUCUUUGAUCAAGGAGCCAUCAGCCAACUGCUUGGUAAUGACAGGCGGAACCUCCCGUUUUGGAAUAUUGCAGCUGUGUUGGAUAUUUUGAUUUUGAUUCCAAAUGCAAGCUUCACAAAGUCUCAUAAAAGGCAAUUAUCUGAACAUCUGUGUUGUCUAUAAUAUUGAGCACAACUUUCUCAGGGAUCAUUAUGCAGAUGGAGGGGAGUCCUGAGGAGGAGGAUGUUAUUACCUUGGAGAUCAAGGCUGACAUUCAGCUAAUCCUGUCAGCACUCUGUGAGAACGAUCCACACAGAAAGGUAAAACUAAGAUCAGGAACCUUGAUCACAACAUCAUCUUCAAAUAGGAUAUUGGAGAAUGAUGUGUUACUUACCCUCAUAACAGCAGUUAAGAAGCAUCAAUGCGCUUUGAUGUUUUCGCUUUCAUUGAAUAUAAAUGGAGACUAAAAUGGGUAUAACUCCACGCUAUUAUAUGCCUCAGGAAUUGUUUGGCUCGGAGGGAGUUGAGAUGACGGUGCAUUUCCUCAAGAUGAGCACUGAGAAGUUCUACAGCGGCCUGGGACACAACAAACUCAUCCUCUCCACCGUGGAUUGUGUCUGGUCAGUUCACUUACCAAUAUGUCAGAGUUUCGUUCUUCCAUCUGCGACUCUUGUACUGUAUGUUCUCAUUUGUGGGCUAUUUCUUUACUGUAGGUCCUGUAUCGUUGGAUGCUACACCACAGAAGACGUGUUUUUGGAAAAAGAAGGCAUUUUCCUUCUGCUUGACUUGCUUCAUGUAAGUACACUAUUUGGUGUGGCAUCCUUAGGAGUAGCUCAAGCAAGAAUUUUCUGCUGCACCAUGUUGAAUUUCUGAACCCAUCUUACCUGCAGUCGAGCCCUAGGAACAUGCAGAACGUGGUCCUUGGAACCCUGCUGGAGCUGUGUGACAACCCCAAGACGAUGUCUCACAUCCUGGCCUGGAGAGGGCAAAAGGGCCUGACCACCUCGGGGCUCCUCUUACAGCUCUGGAGGCAGGAGGAGGCAGAGCUGGGGGUGAGCAGAGACCUCUAUGGAAGGAUCUCAGGUGAGUCCAUGGUAUCACUCUCAUUAAGUGGGGUUACUGCUGUUAACAGUCACACAAUGACAGUGAAAUGCUAUGCAGUGAGGUCAAUACUCUUUGACUAGUACAGUAAAUGUUGCCUCUGUUUCAUAGGGUGUGUUCGUAAAUUCAAUCUGGAGUGCCAGAGUGCGCUCAGAGUACGCUCUGGGCGUUCGUAAAUUCAGAGCGUUGUCAGAUUGUCCGUUCGUAAAUUCAGAGCGUUUCGCUCUCAGAGCGUUCAGAGCGCACACUGGACGCUCUGGCCGAGGAGUAGGGUUGAUCUGAGCGUUCUGACCUCACAACGGCAGUCAAGCACCUAAUUUAACUGGCUAACGUUGGCUAGCUUGCUAGCUACUUCCAGACACAAAUGAGAGAACAACCUCACUCUGACCAUUUUACUCGUCCUAGCAGAGCUGAUUAGGCUGUUUUCAUGUUAUCCAGAGCGUUGGUGACUGUAACUGUGCUGCUGGCAACAAUUUAAUUACACUUUCUUUGCCAACGUUUACCUACACCGGCCAUAUUCAAUGGGUGUUGAGCGUUCGUAAAUUCAUCAGUUAUUCUGCAUUCUGGCACACUCAGACGAGAGUGCUCUGAAAUCGGAGUAGAUAGCCAGAGCAAAUUUACGAGCGCACCCAUAAUGGAGUCACAAUAACAUCCUACUACUAAACUACUAAAGCUAGAACCUUUUUUUUCUUUUUUUUUCUAUUUAAUGGCUAGAUCCCAAGAAGCCUAUUCUGUGUUAUUACCAAGAGGAGGAGGAUGCCCAGGUGUCACUGCCUGCUAACAGGCCUAGUGCUGCAGUGAUGGAUGUGUCUGAGAACCUUCGCUCCAAGAUCUACUCUGUCUUCUGUAAACUUGGUAAAGGACAAUUGACUACUAUUUUCAAGGAACGGAUUACAGCCUGAAAUGUUGAAAUUAUUACAAAUUUAUGCUUUACAGUAAUGUGUGUUUGUGAGUUGAUGUUUCCUUCGGUAAAAUAAGGCUUCUGAUUUCAGGUUUUGAAGCCCUGCCUGGAUUGUCAACUGAGGAUUAUAUCACUCUAAGCAUUGUCACCAGAUAUCUGGACUUUAAGGUGACCAUUUGUGUCCUCUCUUAGCCUAUCCUAGAAUGUACACUUAUAACAGGUCAGUCACACACAAAUAAGCGUGAUAUGAUAUCCGUAUCAGUUUAAAAUGACAAGGAAAAACAGUCAGAAACAGUGUCAAACUGACAAAGACAAUAAGAAAAAAAUACAUGUCAAAUAAUGAGGAAAAACUGUUAAGCAUUUUUGAACGGUAAGCUGUCUCAAUAGGUUGGCGAGGUGUGGGAUGAGAUCUCCAGAGAGUUGAGCCUGGAGGGAGUGAGACCAGUCACACCUGACGAAGAGGCCCUGGAUACUAUCGCUAAGAUGACAGAGGACACAGCCAGGAGAGUCACCACACAGCAGAGCAGCAUGCUGGAGCAACAGGACAAGGUGGACGUCAGUGAGGAGAAACACAUGUACACAGAGGUGUGUGUGUGUGAGCGUGCACAACAUUAUAACAGCUGGGGUUAAAUGGCCCCAAUGUGUGAAAGGGCUCUAAAAUAAUUACGGUCUGACUAAAUUAUUAUGUUUAUUUCUUCAUUUCAUAGAUAAGUUCCAACUGGAAACAGCAGGAGCUUACAGCCCAGUCUUGGGAGCAUUUUGUGGCAAAGACAUCAAACUACAAGAUUUUAAAGGUUAGCCUAUAUCUGCCUCUAGCUCUUAAUCUUUCUUUGAAAGUGAUAUUUGUAGAGAAGACUUUGUGAUUUAUUACUUUAUCCAUUUCUAUUUCAGGAGACAAAAGAGCAUCAGGAAAUAUCUAUUGACUCUUCCAGACCUAAACCAAAGCAUAAGGAAGCAAUAUUCCAUCCUACACACAUCCCUGGCUUACAAAUUACAGUAAGUCCUUGUGAUGCAGAUAUUAUACUGUACUAUAUUUAAGCAAGGGGGUGUGGUAUAUGGCUAAUAUACCACGGCUAAGGGCUGUUCUUAUGCACUACGCAACGUGGAGUGCCUGGACACAGCCCAUAGCCGUGGUAUAUUGGCCAUAUAUCACAAACCCCAGAGGUGCCUUAAUGAUAUUAUAAACUGUUUACCAACAUAAUUAGAGCAGUAAAAAUAAAUGUUUUGUCAUACCGAUGGUAUACGGUCUGAUAUACCACGGAUAUCAGCCAAUCAGCAUUCAGGGCUCGAACCACCCAGUUUAUAAUGAUUAUAAACUGGGUGGUCGAGCCCUGAAUGCUGAUUGGCUAAAAGGCGUGGUAUAUCAGGGGUAUACCACGUGUAUGACAAAACAAUUAUUUUUACUGCUCUAAUUACGUUGGUAACCAGUUUAUAAUAGCAUUAAGGCACCUCUGGGGUUUGUGAUAUAUGGCCAAUAUACCACGGCUAUGGGCUUUGUCCUGGCACUCCACGUAUAUAUAUACUAUAUAUACUCGUAUAUAUACACGUAUAUAUAUACAUAUAUACUCCAUGGUAUAUAUGGUCCUCUGUAGCUCAGCUGGUAGAGCACGGCGCUUGUAACGCCAGGGUAGUGGGUUCGAUCCCCGGGACCACCCAUACACAAAAAUGUAUGCACGCAUGACUGUAAGUCGCUUUGGAUAAAAGCGUCUGCUAAAUGGCAUAUUAUUAUUAUUAUAAUAGCAUUAAGGCACCUCGGGGGCAUGUGUGUGUUGUUUCAGAAAUUCUGUGGGCGUGUGAUGACUGUGGAGAGCACUCCAGCCCACCUGACGGGAGGGCCCCUGGCCAACACAGAGCUGGCCCUGGAGAGGGUGUCCAUCCAGGGUGGAGCCCUGAGGAAACUCCCCCCUGCCACUGAGGACCCAGAGUAUUUCAACACCGUUUCAGUCAAAUAA